AUGGCUCAAGACACGAGCACCCACCAUGAACCCAUCAGCUUCGGCAUUGAUCAGAUUCUGAACAGCCCAGAGCAGACUGUAGGGUUCUCAUAUUCUCGAAGUGGGGAGCAGGAGCACCAUGGAUCCAGUGCCUACUGCACCAUGUACAGCCCCAGAAGCUCUUCCUAUAGCCUCAACAUGAGGAUGGACGUUAGCAUGAACGUCAAUGUGCGACCGGCAGGAGUUAUUAGAGUGCCAGCUCAUAGACCUCUUCCGCAGGUGGUGCCUGGCGAGGGGGCUUCACCAUUGUCUGGUAUUGGGGGGAUGAGCAGCCUACCGGGAAUCACCUUCCCCUGGAUGGAGGGCAGCAGAAGGAUGGCCAAGAACCACAUCACAGGACAUCCAUACCAGAACCGCACACCCCCGAAGAGGAAGAAACCUCGAACCUCUUUCAGUCGGCUCCAGAUCUGUGAGCUGGAGAAGAGAUUUCACCGGCAGAAAUAUCUGGCAUCAGCCGAAAGGGCUUCACUGGCCAAAUCUCUGCGUAUGAGUGACUCUCAAGUAAAGACCUGGUUCCAAAACCGACGCACCAAGUGGAGGCGUCAGACGGCGGAGGAGCGGGAAGCUGAGCGCCAACAGACCAAUCGUAUGAUGAUGCAGCUCCAACAAGAAGCCUUCCAGAAAAGUCUACAGCAGCCCCUCCCCCGAGACCCCCUGUGUGCUCACAACUCAUCACUCUGCGCCCUUCAGAACCUGCAGCCCUGGGCUGAGGACACGCCCACCGAAUGA